GGGGGAAGCAGCCGUCGGCGGCGGCCGUGAGCCCGGCUGGGGAACGAGGAGAGGGUGGUAGGCGCAGAGCGCGGUCCCCGCCCGCCGGCUCCGAGCCAUGGGAAGAUGAGACAGGAAUCAGUGCCACCUAAAUUGUUUGAUCCAGUGAAUCUGCAAGUAACGGUCUCUGAGGCCCCCCCGUCUGCUGACUGCAUGACAGACUCUAAAGGAAAUGCCAGUCGUGAUGGCCCGGGACCUGGAGGAGACAGCAUCAUCCUCAGAGGAUGAGGAGGUGGUAAGCCAAGAGGAUCAUCCGUGGAUCGUGUGGACCGGAGGCUGCAGGAGAAUUCCAGUUUUGGUAUUCCAUGCUGAGGCUAUUCUGACAAAGGACAACAAUAUUCGAGUAAUUGGCGAACGUUAUCAUUUGUCUUACAAGAUUGUGCGAACAGAUAGUCGCCUGGUACGCAGCAUUCUGACAGCUCAUGGAUUUCAUGAAGUUCACCCAAGCAGCACUGACUAUAACCUAAUGUGGACAGGAUCCCACCUGAAGCCGUUCUUACUUCGCACCCUUUCUGAAGCACAAAAGGUUAAUCACUUUCCCAGGUCAUAUGAACUAACCCGGAAGGACCGACUGUACAAAAACAUCAUUCGAAUGCAGCAUACGCAUGGAUUCAAGGCUUUUCACAUCCUCCCUCAGACCUUUCUUCUGCCAGCUGAGUAUGCGGAAUUCUGUAAUUCAUACUCAAAGGACCGGGGACCUUGGAUAGUAAAACCAGUGGCCUCUUCUAGGGGGCGGGGUGUCUACCUGAUCAACAAUCCAAACCAGAUUUCCCUGGAAGAGAACAUCCUGGUCUCCCGUUACAUUAACAACCCCCUGCUCAUAGAUGAUUUCAAGUUUGAUGUGCGCCUCUAUGUGCUUGUGACUUCCUACGAUCCUCUUGUCAUCUAUCUCUAUGAAGAAGGGCUGGCUAGGUUUGCAACCGUGCGAUAUGAUCAAGGAGCCAAGAACAUUCGGAACCAGUUCAUGCACCUGACAAACUACAGUGUGAAUAAGAAGAGUGGAGACUAUGUGAGUUGUGAUGAUCCAGAAGUGGAGGAUUAUGGGAACAAAUGGAGCAUGAGUGCCAUGCUUAGGUAUCUGAAACAAGAAGGCAGAGAUACAACUGCAUUGAUGGCCCAUGUGGAAGACCUGAUUAUUAAGACUAUAAUCUCCGCUGAACUAGCUAUUGCUACAGCCUGUAAAACCUUUGUUCCUCACCGCAGCAGUUGUUUUGAACUCUAUGGCUUUGACGUGCUCAUAGAUUCUACUCUGAAGCCAUGGUUGUUGGAAGUAAAUCUCUCUCCUUCUUUGGCCUGUGACGCACCUCUGGACCUAAAGAUUAAAGCCAGUAUGAUUUCAGACAUGUUCACUGUUGUAGGAUUUGUGUGCCAGGACCCUGCCCAGCGGGCAUCAACCCGGCCAAUUUAUCCCACCUUUGAGUCUUCCAGGCGGAACCCUUUCCAGAAACCUCAGCGUCCAGUGUCUGCACAGUUUCAGUCCUCAAACGCCAAACAGCGUUCCCGUCCCCUCUCUGCCAGUGAUGCGGAAAUGAAAAACCUUGUGGGCUCAGCCCGAGAGAAGGUGCCGGGGAAGUUAGGUGGUUCUGUGCUUGGUCUGUCAAUGGAGGAGAUCAAAGUUUUACGGAGAGUGAAGGAAGAAAAUGAUCGGAGAGGUGGAUUUAUUCGCAUAUUCCCUACAUCAGAGACAUGGGAAAUAUAUGGGUCCUACCUCGAACACAAGACUUCCAUGAACUAUAUGCUGGCAACACGUCUCUUCCCGGACAGGGGAAACCCAAGAAGAAGCUUAUUGACAGGAAGAACACGACUGGCUGCUGACGGAGCACCGGAAUUGAAGGUGGAGAGUAUGAACUCCAAGGCCAAACUGCACGCUGCCCUCUAUGAGAGGAAGCUCCUGUCUUUGGAGGUGCGGAAACGUCGACGACGGAAUGGCAGAUUGAGGGCAAUGAGGCCAAAAUACCCAGGUACCUGCUGCAACAUUAGUGAUUCUUCGCAUUUAGUGAUCACUCAACCAGCUGAAAUGAAUGUUAAAACCGAGACAGAGAGUGAAGAGGAGGAAGAAGUUGCAUUAGACGAUGAAGAUGAAGAACAGGAGGCUUCCCAGGAGGAGUCUGCAGGGUCCCUCGGAGAAAGUCAAGCCAAAUACACCCCCCCACUGACUGUUAUGGUAGAAAAUUCACCCAAAGAAAAUGCCGCGAAAGUUUCUGAAUGGAACAAUAAAGGUGAACAGUGCUGCAAAAUUGAGACUCAGGAGCCAGAGCCUAAAUUUAACCUGAUGCAGAUUCUGCAAGAUAACGGCAAUCUUAGCAAGGUGCAGGCCCGAAGAGCGUUCUCUGCCUAUCUCCAGCAUGUUCAGAUUCGCCUGAUGAAAGACAGUGGAGGUCAAACGUUCAGUGCCAGUUGGGCUGCCAAAGAGGAUGAACAGAUGGAGCUAGUGGUUCGCUUCCUUAAACGAGCAUCAAGUAACCUCCAGCACUCAAUGAGGAUGGUAUUACCCAGUCGACGAUUGGCACUUCUGGAACGCAGAAGAAUCUUGGCCCACCAACUGGGUGACUUUAUUCUUGUGUACAACAAGGAAACAGAACAGAUGGCUGAAAAGAAAUCAAAGAAGAAACUUGAGGAAGAGGAGGAAGAUGGGGUGAACACAGAAAACUUUCAGGAGUUCAUCAGACAAGCAAGUGAGGCUGAGCUGGAGGAGGUGUUGACUUUUUAUACCCAAAAAAACAAGUCUGCAAGUGUCUUCCUGGGGACUCACUCAAAAAGUUCUAAAAACAGCAACAGUUAUUCUGAUAGCAGGGCAAAGGGUGAUCACCAUGAGACAAUGGAAGAAGUGAAAAUAAAGCAACCCAAACAGCAGCAGGCAACAGAAAUUCACUCUGAUAAAUUAUCUCGAUUUACCACUUCAGCAGAACAAGAGGCUAAAUUAGUCUUUACCAAUUCUUCCUCUGCUUCUUUCUCUGGUCCUGCUGCUACUCUUCUGCAGAAAAUUCCCAAUACCCACUUGUCAUGUAUUAUUACAACCUCUGACCUCUCACCGGGGCCCGGCCAUCAUUCUUCUUUAUGUCAGAUUCCUCCAGCUAUCCCCAGCAUGUCUCACCAGCCAACAAUUGUACUGAGCACAGUCCCUGACAAUGCUUCUCCCUUCGUGCAUCCUGGGACACAGAAUGUACCAAGCCCGGCUGGCCUGCCCCGCUGUCGAUCAGGCAGUUACACCAUUGGCCCCUUUUCCUCUUUCCAAAGUGCUGCACACAUCUAUAGCCAGAAACUGUCUCGUCCCUCUUCAGCAAAGGCAGCAGGGUCAUGCCAUCCAAACAAGCUGCAUUUGGGAGUGGCUAAAACACAAAAAGAGGGAGAAGAUGAUUCUCCAUCCAGCAAACGGUACAACCCAAGUAUGGUUACGGCCGAGCUCCAGCGGCUGGCCGAGAAGCAGGCGGCCAGGCAGUAUUCCCCAUCCACCCACAUCAGUCUCCUCACCCAGCAGGUAACAAACCUGAAUUUGGCAAGUGGCGCCAUAAGCAGAAGCAGCGCUUCAACGUCCCCCACCCUUCGGCCCGUGAUCAGUCCUAAUGGCCCGACAUGGUCCAUACAGUCAGACCUUCAAGUUCCUGAGAGCCACCCCACCCCUCCUGGAAGCAGGGUGUGAAAGCUGGGUGACGGUGGGCCAGUUUUACCAAGGCCAGCUGUGCUCGUGUGUACCUGCCUUGUUGUCACAAAGGCAUCAGACUUUUCCCGUCAUCUGAUGAAAAUCCCGCUGAGCUGGACUCAAGUCUUCAUUGUUGAAUGAACUGGUGUCAGGGAGUUCUCUUUUGGCUUUCUUAAAGGUCACUCUUUGCUCACUUCUUUUUUAGUUCACAGCUACAUUUUUCAGGCUUCAUGCGGUAUGCCGGUUAUGCCAAAGUAAAGAGCUGGAUCAAAGACAUUUUGUGUUAAUAAGGCUAAGGAUCAAUCUGUCUUUUCAGAUCCAGACUGCUAAUAGAUAAAGGACAAGGGAGUCUCCGUCUAUAUAGCUUGCUGACUGCCAGAAUCCUAAGUUGCCUUCUAGAACAGUGCUGUGAACUUAACCUUUGAAUGGUUAGGUUUUAUAUCCAGCUUUGUGUUCCAUAAAGCUUGCCCCCAGCUUCUCUGCCAGAUGUACUGAGAAAUCCUAACUUUGUCCUUAUUUCCUCCUCCUGGGGAUCAUUCCAUCAAUCAUGGAGUGGUACAAGCGUGGAGACGGCAAAAGUCUGGUUCACAUUCUGUAUCCAUUGUCAAGUCCAGCUGGCUGGGGCCUCACUGUACUUUUAAAGGACAGGCAUCUCAACGCUUAGCUUUUUGACACGAUACCUCAGCGUGUUCCUCCCAAAUUUGUAUCGUUGUCAUACCGUAUUUAAUAAACUCAAAAUAAAAGUAGUCAAAGUAUCUCCCUUAGACAUCUUCCAGCUAUCACUACUGCUUCCUUUUCCUUUUCUAGAUCUCUGCCUAUUGAAUGAAUAAUCAGAAACCUCCCUUCUUAAUUGCUUGCAGUUCUGUAUUUCAAGUUAUAUAUCUUAUUUGGACCCUGCUCUCACAUUUUUUUUUUCAUUUUUUAAAUGUUUAUUUAUUUUUGAGAGAGAGAGAGAGAGAGAGCAGGGGGAAGGCAGAGAGAGAAGGAGACACAGAAUCUGAAGCAGGCUCCAGGCUCUGAGCUGUCAGCACAGAGCCCAACGCGGGGCUCGAACCCAUGAGCUGUGAGAUCAUGAUCUGAACCAAAGUUGGAUGCUUAACCAACUGAGCCACCUAGCCCCCCACCACCCCGCCCCGGCUCUCACAUUUUAGUCUCUUUUCAUUCUUGCCUUUUUUUGGUGGGGGGAGCUUCUGUUGAUUUUUAGCAUGUUGUCCUACUUUUACUCUUGGCUUUUCUAUUAAAAGAAGGGUAGUAAACAAUAGGUGACUGAUUUAUUUUGAGGGUACCAGUUGAUAUACAGUCUCUUCCUUAUUUAGGGUCUUAGUUUUCAGGGUGCGUCUUCCCCUAUCCAAAUCCUGUUCUCUUCAAGGUAAAUGAAAUUCACAAGAAUCAUGGUAUUGAAUCAAUCGUAUUCUCUCUACCUAAUAAUUGAAUUACUAUCUCCAAAGAAGGAGCAGUUCUUAUGAUUACUAAUUCAUGAUUUAUGGUUUUAGCCCUUGUGAUUCAAUGUGUGAUUUAAUGUGCAAAGAGGCUUAUACACUGGGAAAGGAAGGGAAGAGAUAGAAAUAAAUUGGAUACUGAAUAUGUAAACUGAGAUGUCAGUUUCAGGCCCAAAUUGAACAGGUUAGCAAAGCAAUGACUUGGCAAGCCCUUAGAGAAGGCAAGGGGAAUUACUUAAGCCCAGCAUUGAUUCAUGAGAGGAAAAAAAUAAAAGCCAUGCUACACUAGCCUCAUUUCCCUUCAUGGUAGAAUUUCUUUAGUAAGAGAAGAUCAGGGGACUAGGAAAGAAUUAUCAUAACUGGGUCUCAGCACAGCCUAAUGAAAUCUUGUGAGCACCAAAGGGAAAUGUGAACAAGAGAAUGCUGUCAUUAGGAAUAUCUGGUUUCUAAAUAGGCCACUCUACUCAAACAAUACGUCAAUGUAAGUUUGAGAAUUAAGUGUCUGGUUUGUCAUUGGCCCCUUAAUUCACCAUUUUUAUCAAUGAAUUCAUUCACCCAUUCAUAUUCAUUUAGGUGCCUACUGUAUACCAGGCCCCUACAUAGCUAGAAGACGUACCGAUCCCAUUUCCAGAUGACACAAAGUAGGAUGCGAUACUGAAUAUCUGGGAUGACGAUCGGUAUUAACGAUGAUCUGGUCAGGCCAGAGUGAUGCGUCUGGCCCAUGGAAUUUAGAACUUCGUAAGGAAGAAGAUAAAGCUCUUCACGUGGCUUCGGAAAUUCAAGUGCGAAGAAGGCUUAAGGGUUCAGGUUGGCCUUAAGUAUAAUAGAAGUUAACAGUGUAGAGAGAACUGCCAAAACCCGGUGCUGCCAUGUGAGAAAAUUUUCACAGCACACUCUGCCAGAUGAAAAAAGCCGACUGCGAAGCAGAUAGUGCAGAAUCACUCUGUGGGAGGGAAAUACACACAGAGGAAGAAUAUACAGCAAAAUGUUGACAAAGUGUUCAUAGUAGCCAUCUUUGUUAGUUGGAUCUCAGAUGACCCUGUCUUUUUGCAUUUGUCAUGUUUAUGGCAUUGAGAAUAUUUUUGUUCCUUAAAAUAAUUACUUGUGUUUCAUUUUGAAAAGAUGUGGGGAGAUGUGGGCUCUGCUGGCAGCUGAGGCUUUGGCCAACAGGAUUGGGGGUGCGGGGGGAAGACUGUGAUUCUCCCUCAUUCAUCACGCUCGCAUCCACUGCCUGAACAGCUGCCCCUCCCUGCUAUUCAGCAUGAUUGGUAAACCCCCACUUCCACACAGGGGCCAGCGCCUUGCACAAGGUUACAGCACUCUCUGUCUGGGUUGGCUUGGAGCAGCGGGCCCCCGUCAUGAGCCCCCGCCGGCUCUGGUGGGGGGCACUGGCAGGUGGCCUGGGCUCCCCUGCUCACACAUGCUGAGCCACUCCUGAGUCCUUUAUCGGGUCCACUAGGUUGGCACCCCCAUCAUCACCCAGUUAACCCACACGGGCACAGUACUUGGAAGGAGAUUGUAAGUACUGCUUUACUUCUCUUCGAUUGGACUGGCUUACACCUGUUCCUUAGUGCCCUUACUGUUCAUUUUCCCCAAGGUUUGGAUUCACCUUCCAUGGGACAAAUGUUAAUAAUAGGAACUCCCAUCUAUUAUGUGUGCCAAACAUCGUGCUAAAUGCUUUCCGUGAAUGAUCCCAUUUAAUUCUUGGGCCAGCCCUCUCUCUGACAGAUGAGGUUGAUUUUUAUUCCCAUUUCACAGCUGAGGAAAGCAAGGCACAGAGAGCCUAAGUGACUGGUAGAGCCAGGAUUUGAACCCAGCUGUCUUGUUCUAGAGCACAGGCCUGGUCACUAAGCUAUGCUGCUUCCUGUUCUCGGGGUCAUCCAGUUCAGAACCCGGGGUGUGGAUCCAGGGGCAUGGGGCCUCUGCUCUCCCUGCAGAAUUCUCUCACUAACCCAACUCUUGGAUUGGUUUUGAUUCCUUUCCAGCGUCUGAAACCUUUCAUUUCUUUUUGCCUUCUUUCUUGGAUUAUUUCUUUAAUCCUCUCCCAAGGGCCUUUCAUCCUCUCAAAUAAACAAAAUAUUUAAAGGUUUUUAAGCCCUUUCACCCUGUUCUCAAGCAGGAAGAUCAGCUUGCAUCUGUAAUUUUAUAUAGUUCUGUGCUCUUGACCUAGCAUAUAGGUCAUCAAAAGCUUACCAGUUUUUCACAUAAUUUCUGAGCUUUUCUAUGUCUCUAAUACCACCCAGUUGUACUUCAGGUUUUUGUGCAGAAUUACCAUUUCCGUAGGACUCCACAGAUUCAAAACAGAAAGGUCAAAGUGUUCUAUCUAGUCUUAUCUCAAGGAGCAAACUCAAAAGGGAAAAAUAAAUUUUAGUCUUUAGCACCUGUGUUUUCAGAGGUCCUUUUAAAAUAAUAUUCCAACACAAAGACUCUCUCAGAAUCAAGGCACCUGUCACCAUGAGCAUAAAAUCUCUUGGCAGGUCGAACUCAUUGCACUUAAAUAAUUUUAGGCACGAACGAAUUCUGUUUGGCUAGCUGUCACUGUUCCGGGUCCACCACAGCAAGCCUUAAGACUUGUUAGUGUUGCUUAUUACACUUGUGUCUAAAUGCAAUUCGACUUUUAUCCUUUCACUAAUGAAAGAAGUCCUCAGUCAUUCACUGGAUACCUUUAGUAAGCAGACUUUUUUCUCGGAGCCCACACCAUGCAAUUUAAUGCUAAACUUAACCGUCCCUGACCCCUUGACUCCCUUCUAAGUACAUAUUACUUUUAAUCUCAUAAUAUAUCUUUCAGGCUCAGUUUUUCCGAGCCAGCAUUUCUUUUCUGCCUUUUGUCCAGACUGUUCAUUUACCAUUAUUAUUGCCUCUCUGCUUACAUUCCCCUUACUUCCCCAGACCUUCUGCCAGCCUAUUUGAUCCUUCAGGGGCUCAUGUGAUUUUCCUCCUCACUCACAUUACCAUGUCGCUAGCUCCCUGGACUCUGCCCCCCCGCACUGUUCCUCCUCGGUUUUGGACACCUGUGGGGAUGCCACCUCUUCCACAGUCCUGCCAUCCCUGCCUUUUUUUCCACCCCCGCCCCCAUCUUCCCUGUGGACUCACCUUAACAAAUGUACUUCCUCCAGAUCUGGAGCUCUUUGAGAGCAGAAGCUCAUCUUUUUCUUCUUACUAGUGCCUACGAACAGUGUCCAAUAAAUGUGUUGGAUUUAUUUCGUGGGUUAUUUAUUUAUGUGAAUCGAAUGCUGUGGAAAUAAGAGAACUACUUAGAUAUGUACCUUUCUAUGGGGUCCCAGCAUUGCAAAAUGCAGGAUGAAAAGAAUAAUUUUGCUGCAAAAAUCAGGGAAGUCAGCUAGAGAUGUAACAUAUACACAGAAUAGGAAAUACUAGUCUUUUUCUAAAUUUUUUUAAAUCUUUGCUUAUUUUUGAGAGAGAGGGACAGAGCGUGAGCAGGGGAGGAACAGAGAGAGAAGGAGACACAGAAUCUGAAGCAGGCUCCAGGCUCUGAGCUGUCAGCACAGAGCCCGACGCAGGGCUCGAACCCACGAACUGCGAGAUCGUGACCUAAGCCUAAGUCAGAUGCUUAACUGACUGAGCCACCCAGGAGCCCCUAAUAAUUAGUUUUUUUUAUGAAAGAUAAAAGAAAUUGUCUUUUUUCCAGCUGAGGUAAAAAUUUACAUAAUGUGCACGGAUCCCAAGUGUUCAGCUUGAUGAGUUUUGGCUAUUUUAUAUAUAUCCACGUAACCCCCACUCAACACAAGAUGAGGAACAUCUCUGUCACACUGAAAAUCCCCCUGUGUCUCUUCCCAGUCAGUACUCCUCCUCCCUCACUAAUCACACUAUUGACUUCUCUUAUGAUACAGUAGUUUGCCUAUUCUUUUUUUCACGGUUUUUUAUUGCAGUAAAAUACACAUGACAUAGAAUUUACAAACCAUUUUUAACUGUACAGUAGAGUGGGAUUAAAUCCAUUCUCAUUUUUGUCCAACCAUCACCACCAUCUAGCGCCAUGACUCUACAUCUUGUAGAACUGAAAACCGGACCACACAGUAACUCCCCAUUCUCACCUUCCCCCAGUCCCUGGCAAGCACCUGUUAUACUUCCUGUCUCUAUGAUUUUGACCACUCUUAAGUACCUCAUAUAAGCGGAAUCAUACAGUAUUUGUCCUUUUGUGACUGGUAUCUUAUACUUAGCAUAAUGCCCUCAACGUCCAUUCACGUGGUAGCACAUGCAGAAUUCCCUUCCUUUUUAAGGCUGAAUAACAUUUCACUGAAUGGUGUACCACAUUUUGUUUAUCCAUUCAUCCUUGAUGGACACAUGGGUUUCUCCCACAUUUUAGCUAUUGUGCUUCUGAGCAUGGGUGUAUAAAUACAGUUUUGCCUAGUGUUGGACUUCUUAUAAGUGGAAUCCUACAAUAUUCUUUUGUAUCUGGCUUCUUUCAGCAAAGUGUUUUAGAGAGUCAUCUAUAUUGUUGCUUAUAUCAGUGGUUCGGUGUUUUGUAUUGUUGAGUGUAGUGUUCUAUACGAAUAUUCCCACAAUUUGUUUAUCCAUUUUCUUACUGAUGGGCAUUAAGAUUGGUCUAAGUUUUUUACUAUUAUGAAUACACACUCAAUGAGAAUUAUUAUAUAACUCUUUUUUUCAUAACCAUAUGUUUGGGGGGGUAUCUACUUAGGAAUAGAACUGUUAAGUCAUAUAAAUAUUUUUUAAUUUAUAAGAAACUGACAAAUGGUUUUCUGAAACUAUUGUAUCAUUUUACACUCCCAUCAGCAACGUGUGAGAAUUCUAGUAACGCACACGUUCACCAGCAUUUGGUAUUGUUGUGUUUGAUUUUAGUCAUUUUAUUUUAUUUUGUUUUGUGGGUUGUUUUUUUUUUUUUUUUUUGAUGUUUAUUUUUGAGGGAGAGAGAGAGCAUGAGCUGGAGAGAGGCAGAGGGAGAGGAAGAGAGAGAACCUGAAGCAGGCUCCAUGCUAUCAGUGCAAAACCCAAUGUGGGGCUCGAACCCACUAGCUGUGAGAUUUGACCUGAGCCGAAGUCCGACACUCAACCAACUAAGCCACCCAGGCGCCCCUGAUUUUGGUCAUUUUAAUAGACAUAAAGUGCUAUUCUCAUUUUCCUGAUGACUACUGACACUGAGAACCUUUUAUGUGCUUUUUAAUGUUUUAUUGGCCAUUCAUAUGUAUAUUUUUGUGAAGUAUCUAUUAAAAUGUUUUAUACAUUUUAAAAUUAGGUUGUCAUUUUACUGUUGAAGUCAACAGUUAACGAUAGGACUUUUUUAUAUGUUAUCAAUUAAGAAUCCUUUCUUACAUGUACGUAUUGUAAAUAUUUUUCUUCAGGGCAUGGCUUGCCUGUUCAUUUUCUUAGUGAUAGCUUUUGAUGAGCAGAAAUAAUAAAGCCUAAUUUAUCAAAAUUUUUAAAAGACUUUAUUUUCAGUAAUCUCUA